AUGGCAGCAGAAAAAGCAAAGAGAGAUGAAUCCGUGAUUGACGAUAUGCGUAUGCUUGAAUCACGAUUCUGCAUCGAUUGUGUUUCCCUCUGCCCGGUCAAUGUCGCAGAUCAGACGACGUGGCUACGUUUGCCAAGACUCUACAUCAUCAUCAACGUCUACGCGAAGGUGGAAGGGAAGCGAAGCGAAGGAGCAACGAACACCAACACAGCACGGUACACCUUCUUCGACGUUGGAGUGCACCUCAAAGUAGCCACAGGCAAACCGGAAGAGUCCCAGCCGGCGGCAAGUCAAAGCAGCCCCUUGAUCCUUGGAUCCUUGGUUCAGAUACGACGCGAGCUAGACCAAGUCCAGAUCCCCCGCGGCACCGACUAG